AUGAUGCCGUGCGUAUCCCUCGAUUCUCUGUACGACACCGCCAAGAUAGUCAACUUGACAAAGAGACGAACAAAAAUUCCACACCCUGAUCUAUCCGGACGCCUCAUAGAGCUAGGCCUUACGCUUCCAAAAUCUUGUGGAGCCCGUGAAAUAACGCGGUAUGUCCAGGGCGAUGCUCUUGAUAAACUUGUCGAGCGCCAUCUUCGUGUAGACAGGCUAGCGCCUCCCCUCCCUCGCCAUGAACACAUCAACAUAAGAAAUGUGGUACUCUCAGAUCCGAAAAGGGGGUUCUAUGAGUCUGUUAGCGACAUCAACGGCCUUGUUAUUGCAGCAGCCCUGGAGCUAGAAACAGUGGGAACAUCAAGGUCACUGGGGCAAUCAAGUGGAGGAGAGGUUGAUGAAACUUUGCUAAAAUGCCCCGAGAAGCUUGUUGCUUGGCUUUGCCGGAAAGCUUGCGAAUAUGAAGCGAGUCUCUCGGGGUAUCUGCCGCGUGUGAUUCAGAUGAAAGACCACAAGUAUGACUGGAUCAAGCCCGGGGACCUCAUCCUUGCUCGGCGUCGACUUGAUAGUGAGCUAGUGGAUUCUGCUCAAGGGCUGAAUUUUGAAGUUGAGAUGCAGCAGCAAUUCUAUAUCGAUGGCCAAGAAACUCAACUCUGUGGUCGAGCAGAUAUUGUACACAAUACCGCUACCAAGAGCAAAGACGACAUGGAUAAUGUAAUAAUAUGGGAGAUCAAGUUCGUCUCAAGCCUUUCCAACGAAUAUGUCAUCCAUACUUGCGUUUAUGCCUAUUUGUUAGGCUCAGAGUCUGGAAAGUGA